AUGACAGCACCUGCCUCCGUAGUGGCGAUAAUAGCAGCUCCCCUCCCCGCGUGGAAGUCGCCAACUCCCCCGCCCCAGGCCAGCCUGCAGAAACGGGCCACGACCCUGAUCCCGGACACGUGCUUCAGCUCGACCGAGACGUUCGAGUCGUACUUUUCGUACAAUUACCCCUGGGGCGACACGCACAAUGGCGCGGCCCUCAUGUCCGAGGCGCAGGUCUCCAUCAUCCACAACGCCUACCUCCAGCUUGAGUCCGUCUACACGGGGCCCCAAUCCGAUGACAGCAGUUUGUCGUAUAACUCGGGUACCGUCUAUGCUAAGCAGCAGUUUACGGUCGAGGCGGACGGCGGUCUGGCGCCAGAUUUCCAAGCCAACUUCGUCGCCCCCGUGGCCCAAGGCACCUGGCCGGCGUUCUGGCUAACCGGAGUUGACAGCUGGCCCCCAGAGAUCGACCUAGCCGAGUGGAAGGGCACCGGCAAGAUCUCGUUCAACACGUUCAACACGAGCAGCGAGGUGUCGGCGCUCGACGUGACCUACCCGUCCCCUACGACGGCCUGGCGCACCAUUCUCGUCGAGCUGCGUGCCGAGGCCGAUGGGUCCACCGUCAAGGCGAGUUUUUACAUGGAUGGCACGCUCGUCACGACGCAGUACGGGGCGAACAUGGUGGGCGCGCCAUUCUAUUUGAUUAUUGAUUAUCAGAUGUUGGGGAGUAGCGGGAGCACGGGGCCGACCGAGACGACGUAUUUCGAUGUGCAGUAUCUGAGUGUAGUUAGCUAUAAUCCGUGA